ACUGGUAGGCCUAUAUAUUUCGCUCAACUUAUUCAUAGAAGCCAUAGAGCUGAUGGAAAGUCCCUGGAUCUUUCUUUCCAUUUUACGAUUACUGCAAACUCACCAAACAAGUAGGCCUAAUGUAGGCUUAUUAGAAUUGUUUUCAAGAAGCAUUGUAAAUUGUGAAAUUUCAACAAGUGAGACGAACUUAUGGAUUUCAAAGCAUACUGGCAUCUCACUAAGUUCAUCGCUCCGCUAGCCUUGACUAUUGUUGCAGUUGAUGUCUCGGACCAGGUUUUGAAUCGAGGAUUAUCGUCAGCGAAGAAUGCCACCGAGAUGCUUGCCAUAUUUGGUAUAGCGUAUACACUCACACAAUUUGCCUCGGGACCUUUUCAAGAAUUCAAAAACGUUUCUUUGGUGCUGGUGCACAACAAGAAGGAGGCAAGGAUUGGGUUGAUAACGCUGUUCCUACUCUCUGCAAUUGUCAUCACACUCGCGUUAUUAAUUGCGUAUACCGACUUUGGGUAUUUUAUAACUCAUACGCUAUACCACUUAGAUGAGGAUGUGGGCCAAGCUACAAGAAAGGCCGUACUGAUGCUGAGUUUCGUCCCCCUUUUUCAUGGAAUGUCCUGGUAUGUAGCAGGUUACCUUUUGCAGCUAAAACACACCGCCCUUGUUGGGUCCGCAUCUGUGAUAGAUGUUGCUGUCCAGAUAGGCACUGUGUUUGGGUUACUAAAAAUGGAUAUAGCAAACACAAGACCAGUGUUAGUUCCAGUCAUUGCUGUCUAUACUGGCAUCUUGACUCGGUUCAGUAUACUUUUCAUUGGAUUCCUCAUUCACAGAACAGUGAGAAGGACGAACGAAACCCAAACAAACGAAAGCAGUUUGAGUAUUCUACGAGUGCUCAUGUUCUGGUGGCCACUUGCAAUUGUCCAAGCUGUCCAGAAAAUCAGCCGACCGAUCAUCAACCUGUUUGUAGCCAGAGACCUCGGAGGCUCAGAUGAAGCUGUUCAGGCCAUAGCCGUACUAACCCUAGUGCACCCAACAGGUAGAAUUACAUUUGGUUGGUUAAAUGAGCUGAAAUCUCUUCAGCCAGCCUUUUUGAGGAACAAUCAGGUCACUCUUGUACACAGAAGACAUAUAAGGAAUUUUGAUAUAUGCUGUCUCUUUCUUGUAUUAAUGAUUAGCUUCAGCUUAUUUUUGAUUCCAGGAAUUGUCACAAGUUUCUUCACUAACAGUUUAGGUUUAUCGGAGGAGGUUGCACUUAUGUGUAUAGUACCAUUGAAAAUCUUCUCUGUUUUUCCAUUAUUCACUGUAUGGCGUUCCCACAACACAUCUUGGUUGCUCAUGAUGAAGAAAACUACUGUACUGUUUCCCAGUGCUGUUGUGAGAAUGGUUUUCCUAAUCAUUGUUUUGAUUGUCUUUCCAAAGAUGGGACUCCAUGGUGCUCCAUUAGGCGUUACAGCACUACUUGCUGGAUUUGCUGGAGAAACUAUAUCGGUUCAAAUAGCAUCAUUUAUCACAGAAUACAGAAUGAAAAGGCACCAGCCAGCUAUGGUAUUAGGAGAAUCAACUGAAAAAUCACAGUCUAGUAAUGAUGAAGAACUGAAGGAUUUACCUCUUUUAAAUGGGGACACAGUUCACCAAAAAGAUGAAGUACAAAUUGAGGAAGGAGAAAAUGAUGAAUUAAUUGAAAUGCAGCAAGUAAAUACCUAAUACUAAGUAGUAGUACAGUAUUUCAAUAUACGGCUUCCAAAAUAUGAUACAGUACAUUGUAAAAUACAUUACUAUGAAAAGAAAUUAUUUAUACUGUAUAUAGCAUUACUGCAAAGUGGUUUAGAAUUUGUCUCUAUCAAAUCAUGAUUUAUAUUGUUUUAUAAAUUGUUUGAAUACUUUCAUAUCCAUAAUGUUAGACACAAUGUUUUUUUAAUUGUUUGUACAAGUAAAAUCAUUGAAUAUAUUUUAUACCUGUCAUAAUAAAAUCUGUAUUAUUAUAAUAAUAUGUAUUAAUAAUUACUGUACUAUGUUAAUUUUUUGAAUACUUUCAUAUCCAUAAUGUUAGACACAAUGUUUUUUUAAUUGUUUGUACAACUAAAAUCAUUGAAUAUAUUUUAUACCUGUCAUAAUAAAAUCUGUAUUAUUAUAAUAAUAUGUAUUAAUAAUUACUGUACUAUGUUAAUUUAAAAUGCUAAUUUUUGUGAAGGGUUAAAUUCAAAUGCACAAUGCAAGAGCUCUGUCCAGAUUGUGAAAUUUUCUUUUGACAAAAAACUGUUGUAUGCCCAUAUAGAGUCAUGAUGUGCCUAUAUAUGGUCAUGAUGUGAUGUCAUCAUGACCAUAUUUAGGCAUGUCACAUGUUUUUAUAUAGUCUGGACCUGUUAUUUACUCAUAAUUAUCUACGGAAGCAUUAUGCAUAUAAUUUUCGUUUUUUUUCACUCUCCGAUGUUCAGUGUACUCUUCAUCUAGGUCUACAAUUAUUUCUUUGCCUACCUGGACCAUUCGAUAUUAAUUAUACGAAUACAAGGAUAGUAAUAAAACAAUGAACUCGUAAUCCUAUGCAUUGCAAUGGCCUUUUGCUAAGUUUAGUUGGAGCAAUGCACCCGCUACGUCAUCACAAAUUUAAUUUAGAGCGUCUACGUAA